CUCUUCAAUACUGCUAUCAUUCAAUAUCCAAUUCAUGGUGACGCGUUAUCAGGGCUUAGCCCUACAAUCUUCUACAACCUCCGUCUCCACUGCCCGGACGCGUGGACCAACUUUGGCUUCACUCCGAGUCCCAACGAUACCGAUAGAGCCCUUAGUUGCUUCAAAUCGUGGGCCCAGGCAAUUUUAGCUUGGUUCAAGAACGCUGCUAAAAUGGAGCGCAUACGUCAACCUUCCCAGUCUUAAAGGGACGGGUUUUCUUCGGUUAGAUAUAGGGGAUUAAAUAGUUUAUUUUUUCGCCUUUCCUUCUCUACCACCCUUCUAGUCCUCAUUUCUUUCGUCCAUGUGGUCGUUAAGAUGAAGCUUCACUCAUUUGCUCUUUUGUCGACCCUUUUGGGUUCGGCUCUCGCAUUGACAAACUCCUCGGAGGGUCUCCUAAAGGCUGAUGGACUCUCCCUUGGUGAAUGGCAAGAAGCCUACCAAAAAGCAUCCCACUUCGUUUCCCAACUCAGCAUCGCCCAGAAAAUCCAGCUAAUCACCGGUAACGAUGUCAACAUCACCGACGGCACCUUCACGGCCCUGCAGUUCCUCGACGGCUCCAUGGGUCUCCAGGACUACUUCUACGCCUCUGCGUUCAGUCAGAGCUCCGCCCUGGCCAUGACCUGGGAUAGAGAGGCUAUAUACGACCAGGCCCGCGCCGUGGCUACCGAGUUCUAUCUAAAGGGUGUCCAGGUCGUUAAUGGGCCUACCACGCAGCCAAUGGGAAGGACUGUUUGGGGUGGUCGUUUGGUUGAGACAUUUGGUCCGGAUCCGUAUCUGAAUGGUAUUGUUACUGGAUUGAGUACCAAGGCCUACGUUGAUACUGGCGUGAUUGCCGGGGCCAAGCACUACAUUCUCAAUGAGCAGGAAACGAACCGCACGUCAGGCGGCGGCGGCGGCGGCGGCGGCGGCCCUGGGGGUGCUGGCGGUGCCCCUGAUGGCAUGGGAGGAUCGAACUCAUCGUCUAGUUCCAUGCCACCAUCCAAGCGUGCGGCUGGUGGCUCUGACUCCAGUUAUAGCUCCGCCCCCUACUCGUCGAACGCUGACGACAAGACCCUGCAUGAAACGUAUCUGUGGUCUUUCUACGACGGUGUCAAGAACGGACUAGGAGCUGUCAUGUGCGCCAUGACCAAAGUCAACAACACAUUGUCCUGCGAGAACUCCGAUAUCCUGCACAGACUACUCAAGAACGAACUUGGAUUCCCCGGUAUGGUCUUCCCAGACACCAUGGCGCAGCAGCACGCCUUGGCCAGCGCAGUCAACGGCCUGGACUAUGGAUCCAGCAGCCUCUGGAGCACAUCGACCAUGAAGCAAUUCCUCUCGAAUGGCAGCCUGCCCCAAGCCCAACUAAACGACAUGGCCAUCCGCAACCUAAUGGCUUACUAUCAUGUCAACCUCGACAACGGCACCCAGCCCGCAACCGCCGACAAAGACGCCUACAUCGACGUCCGCGCAAACCACUCAAAGCUCAUCCGCGCCAACGGCGCCAAAUCCCUCUCCCUGCUCAAAAACACCAACAACGCCCUGCCCCUGAACAAACCCCACACAAUGGCCAUCUUCGGUGCGCACGCCGGCCCCGCCACUGCAGGCCCGAACACAGAGUUCAGCGUCCAGGGCUCCGGUCCUACUUACCAGGGUCAUCUGGCUACAGACACGGGAUCUGGACAGAGCUCGUACCCCUACCUGAUCACCCCGCAGCACGCCCUUACCAGCAAGGCCGCCGAAGACGGCACCAUGAUUCGCUGGAUCCUCAACGACACGUACAGCGGUGAUAGCGGUUCCGCGCUCGUCAUGCAGGGCUCCGACAGCACGGCAGUCACACCAUCCAUCUCUACAUACGCCGAGAACAUGGACGUCUGCAUCGUCUUCCUGAACGCAUUGGCCGGCGAGGGCGCAGACCGCACGGAACUGUACAACGUCGACCAGGAUAACUUGGUCAAGUCCGUGGCCAAGAACUGCAACAACACCGUCGUGGUCAUCAACACCGUCGGGGCACGCCUCGUCGACCAGUGGAUCGAAAACGACAACGUCACCGCCGUCGUAUACGGUUCCCUCCUGGGCCAGGAAUCCGGUAACUCCAUCGUGGACGUUCUCUACGGCAACGUAAACCCCAGCGGUCGUCUCAUAUACACCAUCGCCAAGAAUGAGAGUGACUAUAACGUUGAUCUUUGCUAUACCUCCCAGUGCAACUUUACCGAAGGAAACUACAUCGACUACCGCUACUUCGACGCCUACAACAAAAUCCCCCGCUACGCCUUUGGCCAUGGCCUCUCCUACACAACCUUCAACUACUCCUCCCUCCACAUCUCCCCCACAACAUCCCUCCCCCGCUACCCAACAGGAACACCCUCCGUCGGCGGCCCGACAGACCUUUGGGACACCGUCGCGAACAUCACCCUGACCAUCGAGAACACUGGUCCCUGUGCGGGUGCUGAAGUACCGCAGUUGUACAUCGAGUAUCCUGAGGCUGCUAAGCAGCCGGUCAGGCAGUUGAGGGGUUUCGAGAGGGUGGAAAUUGAGAAGGGGGAGAGUGUGGAGGUGAAGUUUGGGUUGAGACGGAGGGAUAUUUCGUAUUGGGAUGUUGGGGCGCAGAAGUGGGGUGUUGUUGCUGGGAGUUAUGGGGUUAGGGCUGGGGCGAGUUCGAGGGACGUGAGGGUUGAGGGGGAGUUUGUGGUUAAGACUGUUUGAGUGGCUCCUUGGAGUGAGGUAAUUUUUUGGUUAGAUACGAUGCAUAUGAAUGUAGAGUACGUGUACUGAAUAUAAUGCUUCUGGAUUGUUCUUGAUGGCGAGUGUGGCUACAGACAGCUUGAACAAUGUGAAACAAU